CCGUAUAUUUCACACUGUGAAGUAAAAGAGUGUAAAUAGAUUUUAAGAAAAAUUUAUUAAAAAUGUAUGGUUUAGUUAUCUUAUUGUUUCUCUCGGCAGUUUUUGCACAACUGGAGGUUGAUAGACCGUGCAAUUUUACCAACAUUCCACACGAAACUACAUUUUCCGCAUCAAUUACAGGUACCUGGUAUCAGAUAGAAAGGAUUCCAAACAGCGUUGAAACAGGGGAAUGCUCGCGUAGCGUUCUCCGAAUAUCAACAGAAAUAGUCAUAGAAGCCAAUGUAACUAGUGUGCAAACAGGUUAUAAAUACGACUCCGAAGUGGUAAAUGGUAAACUUGUGCUACGUAAUGCCACCAUUGCCAACAUGACGGACGAUGGGAUCGUCCAAGCGGCAUACGACGAUGUUACUCAAGACUACGUUGUUCUGGGCACUGACUACACUGAAUACCUCGUGCUUUACAGUUGCAGGAACAGUGGAAGCCGGUCGAUGAUAAGUGCAUGGAAGUAUGGCCGUAACACCACAUAUUCCGAAAUCGCUGCCAAUACAACACGGACACUGGUGGAAAACGCGAACAUUAAUACCACUACCUGGAAGACGGUGUCCCAUUCUGCAGAAGCCUGCAAAGUAACGGGCGCCGCUGCGAGUCUUCGGAUAUCGCCUAUAAUACUUCUUAUAAUCGGAUUCGUUUUAGCCAAGGAGUUAUAAUUUUUGUAAGCCGUAUAAAAGUGUUAGGUCUAAGGGCAAACAAUGGAAUGUCACAAAAACAAAAUCCUUGGUGCAUACAUAAUUCAAUUUUAGAUUUACAAGAAAUUCAAUUCGGAUGUCAAUCCCAAGGCUGGCUGGUAGAAAACGCUUUAGCAUGAAAUCCACCGCGGUUGUUUUAUAAAGAGAAAAGAAAAUAACGAUACAAAUAACAUUUUUUGUACACUGUUAUUAAUUUGUCUCAAAUGUUAAAGCUUGUGCUACUAUUCCAACGUUAUGCCACCAUUAAUCGCCACCAACUAAUCUACACCCAUCACUGAUCAUAUAGAUGACAUAUAAACGUAGUAACAUACUUAACUACGUAUGUCUACCGAUACUAGAUAUAGUAGUAAUAGUAUAUUCGUUUUUUGUCUCUGAUUGAUUGACGCGUUUUGGCGCUGUAAGUCUAGGUAUAUUAGUGUCUGGAACUAAUAGAUUCAAAUUCAAAUUCAAAAUCAAAUUCAAAAGGUUCACGUGGAUUCAUUUAAAAGAAAUAUGUCUAUUUAAUGAACUCUAUCUAGACGGAGUCCUUCUUAGUCUGCCGGCAAUUCUAUUGUUCCAGUGGCACUGCUACUUUAAUUAUAGUUCAUAUUAUUUAUGUUAUUUAUUGUAGUUUAUGGUUUUCUAUAAUGUAGAAAGUAUUUCUUUUUAUUCCAUUUACGUCAUUGACUAUUAUUAUAUGAUAAUAAAAAUUAAAAAAAAAAAUUACUUGGAUUGCCCACAUCCGGUGAAAAGUUUAAGGUACUUUUUUUUAGUGAAAUGUGAUUACGAGGCGUGCAUUUUUGGAUUUUCCAAUUUAAAAUAACUAUUCUUUGCAUAUUAUUAUUUUAUUGAGGUUUUUGUUGUAUGGUGUACACUAAAUUGUUCUUUCAUUUAAUUGUUUUUACUUACUAAGAGUUGGAAUGAUUAGUUUGUGUCUACUAGCUUCAGAGUUGUAGCUUUAACGCCGAAGUACCUUCACCCUACCUAGGUUGCUUUCUGCGGAAGUGAAUCCUCUUCGCAUUCAAGAAAUGCAGGUGACCUUUUAAAUUACUAUGUAUUUCCAACAAAGUUAUGUUUCAGUAUUAAAAGGAAAAAUUAUCAACCAAUUAACUUAUUUUUUUAAUACUGGAUUUAAUAUUUAUUUAUUCUU